CUUGUAACCAAUCAGCGAUGAGGAAGCUGGAAGUGUAGCCUGAUUGGCUAAAAUGUGUACGGAAGCUGGAGCAGAAACACGUGGGCACUAGUUUGCUCAUCGUGGAUCAAAAUAAAUGUUUUAGUGCAGAUUUGAAACAUGUUUAGGCAGUGUUUGAGGUUUUAUCUAAGUAAAGCAUGUAAGUAGCAUCGAGCCAGAAAAGUAUCUCUUCUUUAAUUAACGUUAUGUUCAACAAAUAACAGAAGCGCUGUUGCUGUUAGCUUGUUUUGGUCAUUUCAAGGCACGAAAAUGUGUCCUACAUAAAUGUUUUUAAUCAUUAAGAGAUGGAGACAGCAGCGCUGGUAGCUCCAGUCACAGCUCUGGAAUUCCUACAGGAUGUAUUUCUACUGACAGGUGAGGGUCCAGUCUUGGAGGUGUACAUUCUCAAGCCUCGACCUAAAGCCUGUGCCUCACUGAGUGUCCUCCAGCACAGCAGAAUCCAUGGAAUAAGACCCAGACGUCAGGCAGCUGUCCCAGCGCAUAGCUCCUGUGGAAAGCAUAAGCAUGAACUGAGCUCCACCACAGAACCCAGCUUCUAUGACCAAGUAGUGUUUGGAGGCAAGGCUGUGAGGCUGGUGAGGCUCCAUGUGGAUGGGGGCCAUGCGUGGCUGGAGAUCCUAGGUCCCCUCUUGCAGCUACAGGACUGGGCCCUGGAUGUCCGCUGGCUCUCUGGAGACAAACACUCACUUCUCUGUGUGGCUACAGCCCAUAAUAGUGCUCUUCUCUUGGAUCUUGAUACAGGAACUGUGUUAGCUCAGUGUUCCUGCCUAGAGGGGUGUCUGCUGUACUCUGCCCUCCUUCUGGUACAUGAAUCUUGGGCCGAUACUGUUUUAGUAGGAGGGACUGUUUUUAACCAGCUGGUUCUCUGGAGGCCUCAAGGAGGAGAAGAAGGGAGUGAUCCUGAAUAUAAAGCUCCUGUGGAGAGACGUCUGCUGGGCCACAGCGGGGUCAUCUUCAGCAUCUCGUACCUCAGGGAGAAAGGCUGGCUGGCUUCAGCUUCAGAUGACCGCAGUGUCAGGGUGUGGGGUGUUGGUGUAUUAGGGGGACCCGGAGGGAAAUAUGGAGACUCGAACCCAACUUGUUUAAGGGUCUUAUAUGGACACCAGGCUAGGGUGUUCUCAGUGCAUCUUUCGCCAGGGAGAGUGUUCAGUGCUGGGGAAGAUGGGGCUUGUUUAGUCUGGGACUGGGCUGGAGGUGAGAAGGUGGUUCGGACGUUGAAGGGACACCAAGCAGGAGGGGUUCGCGCUCUGGCAGUCAGUGAUGGAACAUCGGAUGAUGAGAGAUGGGUGGCUACAGGGGGUGCAGAUGGAGGGGUGAGGUUGUGGAGGGUCAAAGAGAGUGGUGAGAGGAAGAAGAUGAUAGAGGAAGCAGUGACAGAGAAGCUAACUGACCUGAAAUUUCCUGGUCAAGGCAUCCCCAAAGUGGUUUGUAUAGAUGGAAAACAGGAUGAAAAUGUAAACUGGAGCAAGAGUAGAUUUGUGGUUUGCACUGACCAAGGAAUAGUUUACCAGUACAGCAAUAAGCAGUGGGAUAUAGUAUGGCCAGGGGCUCCUGAGUUUCAGUCUUAUUGUGUGAUGGAUACAGUGUCCACUAAUGUAAAAGACUCAACAGCCAAAGUUCAUUUGUGUGCUGUGGGAAACCUCAGUGGGUCCAUACAAGUCUUUCCCAUUUCUCAUCCUCAAUCUGGGAUUCUUCUCACAGGUGGAUCAGGGAAAAUUCACACUCUUCUUUGGCAAGAGGGACAAGAAAGUGUGUUUUUGCUAGCAUCGGGUGCUGAAGGACUUGUCUAUCGCUGGUGUAUAGAGAUAAAAUUAAAUGAAAACUCCAUCUUAGCUCUCAGUGUAAAUCCCCUUCCUUCUUUCCUUCUUCCACCCUGUGCCAAACGCUGGCUGACAGCUGCAGUGCGCCUUCACUCCAGGUCACAGGAGGCACUGUGGGUUUGUGGGGACAGGAGAGGGUCCCUGCUUUUGUUUCAGGAAGGAAGCAAACACUUAGAGAAGCAGGGGGAUGAUGUAGAUGUGGAUGAAGGUUUGGUGACAGGCACAGAACAAGCUAAACAUGAAGGAGGUGGAAGUGAUGGUGAUGAAAAAAGCAGUAUCAUGGAGCAGAGAGAGAGUAAACAAGUGCACAAUCUAAAGCUGCAGCCACUGAGCUGCCUGUUUGGGGUGCAUGGAAAACAGGGUGUAACUUCAGUGUGUGAGAACCAGGGACUGCUCUAUAGCACUGGGAGGGACGGCUGUGUGAGAAUCUUUAGAGUGCAACCGACACCACCAGAAACAUGUAAAGAAAACAGAAAAUAUACACCUGGAAGGACUGUAGAGAACAAAGGACAACUGCAGCUGGAGGUUCUGCGAGUUCAGCGGGCCUGCAAGGGUAUGGAGUGGCUGGAGAGAGUUUUGUUUCUUGAACCUGAAAUUCCAGAAGAGGAGGAGAAGGUGGUCAGAAAGGGAUGUGAGAACCAUGAAAAGACAGAGAAACCAAAUUUGACAGAAAAUCUGGAGGUUACAGAAAAGGAACAAGAGGAGGAGAGCUUUAGAGGAGAAGUAGGAAACGCAGAGAGCCAGGGAAAAGAAGCCAGGUUUGCCAUCAUUGGCUUCCAUGCUGUCCACUUUGUUGUUUGGGACCCUGUGAGGCAGGAGAGGCUGUUAGCGAUACUUUGUGGUGGGGGGCAUCGCUCUUGGAGUCUCUGGCCAUCCCACAAAGGGGUUUGGCCCGGGUAUGGAGCUCUGGUCUUCAUCAAGCAGGGGGCUGUUCUCGCUUCGCAACCCCCCGGAGAGGAACCCAGCUGGGCUGAUAAGGCAGGAAGGCCUGUAGGAUGGGGCCUGAGAGAGGGCCUCCAUGGGAGGGGGAUUGGGUGUGUAUGCAGGCUGGGGAGGAUAGGGGGGACCAGGAAUGAUAUUCAAACAACUGGAAAUAUGACUGAAAGUGGGAAAAGAGAGGUGGAGAGAGAAGAAGGGCUUUGGGAGAUCGUGGUGACGGGAGGAGAGGACACGACUUUAACUGUCCUGGCGAUACAGCCCAUCUCUGGCAGGAUCAAAGUUCUCUCAGUUAUUACUGACCACAUAUCAAGUGUGCGGACUGUGAUAGCAGUGAAAUGUCCAGAGGAAGAGGAUGAUAACCAACCACAGUCUCUGUCUGCACUGCUUGUGUCAGCUGGGGGCCGGGCUCAAAUGCAAUGUUACCGGCUGUUGAUCAGCUGGGACGGGCACAGACUGGUUCCCUCCUGCCAGGUGAUCCAGGUGGCCAGUCACCGACUGGACGAACAGUGGGAGAGGAGGCGGAACCGACACAAGAUGGUUAAAAUGGACCCAGAAACAAGGUACAUGUCUGUAGCACUGGUGGAUAAGUUGACGGACCGUGUCCUUCUCGCUCUAGCCUGCAGUGAUGGGGCUGUCAGAUUGUUCUCAGUCAGUGAAGUUCAACAUCAAAUUGACUUGCUGUGGGAGACGUUUUACCAUCAGCGCUGUGUGCUCAGUGUCGCCACCUGCAGCCUGGAGGAUGGAAAAGGCAACAGAUAUAAGCUGUUGUUCAGUGCUGCAACAGAUGGGAAAAUCGCAGUGUGGCAUUUGACUGACACUUCUUCCUCAAUCUCAAGUGAUGCUCCAGCUCCACCAAUACCCUGCAUCAGCAUCCCCGCCCACCAGAGUGGUGUCAACUCAUUGGCUGUUUGGGCAGGGAAACUGGGACAACAAGAGGGCAGUUGCCUGGUAACUGUUGCCAGUGGAGGGGAUGAUGGGCAGCUGACAGUGUCCAUCAUUAAGGUGCAGUUCCCAGAAGAUGGGAAGAUGUCUGAGCACCCGAUUUCUCUACAAACCAAUUUGCAACCCCCAGGCCAGCUUCAGCUCUAUCUCCAGUCUCAGUUCCACAUCCCGCUGGCUCACGCUGCCCCUCUGACCACCCUGAACCUCCUGAGCCCAGACCUUGUGGUCUCCACUUCUUCAGAUCAGAGGGUUUGUCUUUGGAGGGUCUGCAGUACAGGUAUCAACCACAGAGGGACACUGUGCUCCCACGUUGCAGAUGCUGCAGGACUUGCGGUGUGGGAGGGGGACUUGCGUUGUGGGAUGACAGAGGAGGAGAAAGGAGGUAAAAAGGGCAAGAUGAGCUUUGAGUCUAAGCAGGAGCUUGUAGUUAGCAGAGGAAAAGAGAGUCGGACAGAAUUAGAAACAGAGGGUAAGUCAGCAGAGGUCGAAACAGGCAGGAGGUUCAAUAAGGAGAAAGAAACAGCUGAUGAGGCCAUGAGUAGAGAACCUGUUGAAGCAGUGAGCAAAACAGGUGACCCACUUUCUAAGACCAGUGAUGAGAAAAGUGGUGAGAUAGCUGGUGAAUGUAGAAAUGAAAGAGACACUGACAAUGUGGGUAGAACAGAGAAUGAGGUGGACACUGAGACAGGUUUGAAGGCUGGUAAGAGCAGGAGACAGAGAGAGAAGACGGGGUGGGUGCUGGUCUGUGGCCAGGGCUUCCAACUGCUGCGGGUCACAAUCAAUUUGUGGUCAGAGGAAAUAUAAAAUGACAUGACAAGAAGAGUCACCAUAAAAGAAAUCACUUUCUUAAAUACUUGAAUUAUGAAUUAUCUGUAAAUGACCUGAUUUGAUACAAAGUGAAUUUUACUUUGGUCAUUUUUAAAGUACAUUUUUAAAUAAAGUAUUUAUUCUCCAUUGUUGUUAUUUGAGGAGUACAUUGCAGCUACAGUAUAUGAGCCCUUUAUUGCUUAUGUAACUCAAGAUUUCAUAAAGAGCACAAACAAAAAUAGAAAUUCAGACACACAAUAAUUCCAUCAUCCCGCAAACCUGUCUGAACAGAUACUGUAUCUAAUGGAUUUAAUUUCUCUUGUGGAGUUGCAGAUUUAUUAUAAACUAGUUUGUCUUGGCUUUUCCUUUGGCCUAUCAUUAACAUCCGCCAGCCUGAAACAGUCCAGAAAAACCUGAAAGAUACAGGCAGUGUUUCUGGAGUCGGGCAACAUUUCUGCUGGUAAAAAUGCACAAAAACAUUUGGUGUUCAUCAAGGAAAAAUGAAAUAAAAUCAUGGCCUUUUCAAGAGAACAUUUAAAUCAUGUCUGUGUUUGAGCCAUCUGCAACCUCCUUCAGGGAAUAACACUGCGCUGCACAAAGAUGGCUGAAAUGACUGGAGUUAUUUUUAAUGCAGUGUGUUACAUCUCAGCCAGCCAGGAAAUCAACCCAUUUACUUGAAGAGGGCCUUGGGACUCCACUUUUACUAAGACCAAAUCAAAAACAGCCUGCCCACAGUGACUCCAUAAACCAAAAGCCAUGAAGAAUUUGGGAGAUUUAUGGUUUAAAUUAUAGUUCAGGAUGCCACCUGCUAUGAGGUGCAGUUUUACCCACAAAAAGCAUCAUCCAGACAUAACGAUAGACUAAACGUGAUGGUAUAAAUAAGAAAAUGCAAUACAUACAUAUAAUAGUAUUAAGUAAGAGCAAUGUCGCAGUCACUGCAGAGACCCGACUAGUCCUGGGAGACAGAAACCCCAAUUUAGGAGACAGUGAAUAUUUAAAAAAAAAUCAAAAGCAGACAGACAAAGCAAACUUCUGCCAUGAAAUGAUGCUUUAGUGAGGAUUGUUCUCUGAUUCUUGCUUUUUUUAUUAGAUAUUUGAUAGGUUUUCCCAUUAAAAAAGGGUCAUAAGCCAUAUGCUUUAGAGAGAGUCAUGUAUAAAUGUGUUAAUUCUAGUUAUGUGAGGACCAAGUUUAAAUGCUGAUGUUUUGUCCCGUCUUCACUUCUUGGCUGUCUUUAGACUUGGGUUUAGAUUAAUGAAGAUUUAAGGGUUGGGGGAAGGUGUGUAGUUGUCAUGAACAAGUUUAGCAUCAGUGAGGAUCCUCGCAUGUAUAAUUGUGGGUGUGUCAGUUUAUUUCUAUUGCAAAUGUUUUCUAGUCACAGUUUAUGUUAAUAUAGAAAAAUGUUUUCAUAUGUGUGUGACUGUGCAUACACAGUUCUGUGCAUUCAGCCAAAGGGUAAUGAAAUAGUAUUUAUUGUGGGAUUAUUAAGGUACAUUAUUAGUUUUCUUUUACACCAGUAAGUCAAGAGUGUGAACGUGUUGUAUUUGGUUGGCUCAUACUGGAUGCAUGUGUUGUGAAAUGCUAAUUUAGCAGUGUAGAAGCAGAAGGUGUUGUGAAAUGAAAUGACUUUGGUGUGUGUGUUUCUAUUUGGCGUGCGACCGUGUCAGAGGAAGUGUGAGACGACUGGGUCACCUGUGCCAUGUUAGAUCCCAUAUACUGUGGAUUAUAGUGAAUGUGUGCAUGAGUGUGUGUUGAUUCAGAGUUGUCUGUCUGGAAUUUAAAUGUAGCUGUCAGAUAAAGAGUGCACCUGUACGUGUGUGCAUAUGCUUUUGUCAGUUUGUGUGUGUGUGGGGAGGGCAUAGUGAGGGUCACAGCCCAUGAAGGGGCCCAGUGCAGGUAUCCAUGAAUAUGUUAAUAAUUUAGCCUUGUCUCAUGUUUCCUUUAGUCCAUCCGUCAUCUCACCACCUGCCACUCGCAACAGAGAGAAAUAAAGAGGAAGGAAAAUGAACAGAAGUGGGGAGUAAGACAGACAAGAGAGGAGGAAAGAGAUAACAGAAGGGACCUGGAGAGAGGAGAUGAAGUCUGUCACCUUAUUUCCUUUGUUCCAGGUUCUUUAACAGGAUUUGAUGUGAAUUAAUUAUCUUCAGAUGUGGAGAGAAAGGAAGUGACUGAUGCUAGCUUGCUACUACAGUGAUGAAUUGCC